GUUCUUAUCUGCUGUAUGGAAAUAUUUAUUGGAUCUCUUGUAACGCGAUUAACGUUAGAUUUGGGAGAAUAUUGUUGACCAAAUAGUAAUUGGAUAGCCUAUAUUUAAUGGCUGACACAAUGAAGCUGUAUUAUUGCAUCAACUUCGUCAAAUUCCGUUUGAAUAUAAUAUCUUGUAAUUCUGUAGUUAAACGGCAGAGAGUUACGAAGUGUGAAACAGGCAAUGGUGUUGAAUAAUAAAAGAAUUAGAUUUAAUCAAAACUGUGUUAGAAUUGUUAAAAAAAAGGAGAUGGUGAGAUUCGUAUAGGGUGGUACAAAUAAAACAAAAAAUGAUUUACUGUUGUAAAUUAGGGAGUUACGAAGUUAAUUUGUUUAUAUAAAAUAAGCCCUUGGCUUCAAUGGAGGUGAAACCCGAGGAACCUUUGGGCAGAGCUAGGGUUUAAAAUGACCGAACAGAACAAAUGUUUACAGGGAUGAAUUUUUAUUAUUUUUGUCCGUCGAUGGCGAUUUUAUGAGCAUGAUUUGAUAUACCCUGCAUGAUCCACGGGUCAACGAAUAGUCGAAUAUCGAAGAAACGACAAAAAGACAUCAAACCCAACUGUCUUAUUAAUGUUAGAUAAAUUUCGUCUAAUAUUGGUCGAUUGCUAAAGAAACAGCAUAAAUUAAUGAACCUAUCCACCAUCAAUUUAAAAACUGGGGUAUCAUAAACGUUUGUUAAUAAAAAAUUAAAUACCACAGAAUAUUCUACCACCAAAAUAAAAAACAAAAAUAGUACAAAAUAGUUGUCAAAUGAUACCAUGCGAAAAUACUAAUCUAUCAAAAUCACAUAGACUUCUGAAGCCUUUGAUGGCAUUCAAGAUGGCGAAUGUACUCGUUUGAGAAUAUUAAAUACUUGUUUCUAGGCGGAGAAAAAUUAUAAAUUAAAUACCAACGAGAAAGUUUAAAGACCUUAGAAUAUUCUAACAAAAUAAGAAAGAGAGACAUUACAAAAUGAUACCGUACGAAAAUACUAAUUUAUCAAAAUCACAUAGAGUUCUCAAGCCUUUGAUGGCAUUCAAGAUGGCGAAUGUACUCGUUUGAGAAUAUUAAAUACUUGUUUCUAGGCGGAGAAAAAUUAUAAAUUAAAUACCAACGAGAAAGUUUAAAGACCACAGAAUAUUCCACCAAAAUAAGAAACAGAGGUAUUACAAAACGGUUGCCAAAUGAUACGGUACGAAAUCCACCGAAAUCGCGUCGAGUUUAUCGAGAAACGACCAACGCGACGUAUUUUUAUUUUGCAAGUAAAUCGCCAAUGGUUUUUUAAGAGAUCCGCUUGUUAACAAUCCUGAAGAUAUACAUGCAUUGAUGGCACACGGUAUCUUGGGAACGCGAUAUGGGUCACGAGUUCAAAGCGAUUAUUAUGUUACGAAUAAAGUAUAAAAGCUGUCGAUGGUCGAAGGACCAGCUACUUAACGUUGAACUUCCUUCGAGGUUUGGCCGCAAUUCGUAAGGGAUGUUGAAGAUAGCAUUGCUCGUGGCUCUGUGCGCAGUAUGCACCGCACAGAGCAUGAAGGUCACCGGAAGCCACACGGCUGACAUGGACUUCCUGCACAAACAGAAGAAGAUUUACGAACUUCUGCUCUACGUUCGGCAAAACGACCUAAUCGACGCCGAAUUCUACAAUGUAGGCAGAAACUUCAAUCUCGAAAGCAACAUUGACAUGUUCCAGGACAAGUCAGCGGUGCAGAAGUUCGUAUGGGGCUACAAGCAGGGGAUCCUGUUGAGCCGCAAUGCUAUUUUCUCUCCGUUCAACAGCGAGCAGUUACAGGAAAUGCAGGCUUUGUUCGAGCUGUUCACAUCCGCCAAAGACUUCCAAACGUUCUACAAGACUGCAUCCUGGGCCCGCGUUUACUUGAACUCUGGUCUCUUCACCACGGCCUUCACGGUUGCGGUGCUGUACAGAAACGACUGCAAGUACAUGAGACUGCCUCCCAUCUACGAAAUCUACCCUAACCUCUUCUACGCCUCUGACGUGAUCCAAGAGGCACAGAACAUCAAGAUGGCCAGAGGCGUCACCGGAGCACCUGGAGUCGAAAAUGCGGAGACUUACAUGAUCUACGCGAAUUACACCGGUGCCUACAUGCCAAGAGUAAACGGAGAAUACAAGCUGGACUACUUCAUGGAGGACGUCGGACUGAACGCUUUCUACUACUACUUCCGCCAAGUGUUCCCAUUCUGGCUGAGCAGCAAACAGUCUGGUAUCCCCCCUGAGAUCCGCGGACAGUUUUACUACUUCGUUCACAAGCAACUCUUGGCCAGGUACAACCUCGAACGGUUGUCCAACGACUUAGGCGAGAUAAAAGACUUCGACUGGUACAAACCCAUCCACCCUGGAUACUACUCCACUCUGACGUACUCCAACGGAAUAUCAAUCCCCCAGAGGAACCGAUACUCGUCGAUACCCUACUACAAAUACAAACACCUAAAGGAAAUAAACAGGUUGGAGUCUCGUAUAAUGGACGCUAUCGACUCUGGUUACUUCGUGGACAUCCAAGGGAAACAUGUGGACAUCUACACGCCUAAAGGCCUGGGCAUGCUCGCUAACAUGAUCGAAGGAAACGUCGACUCGGGCAACAGAAGAUUCUAUGGAAUGUACGACUCCUUAGCUCGUGACAUACUUGGUUUCAGCGCGGAACAGACGAACAGGAACAAAAUAAUCCCCAGCGCUCUUCAGUCUUACUGCACCAACAUGAGGGACCCUGCUUUCUACAUGCUCUACAAGAGAAUCAUGACUUCCUUCUUCAGAUACAAGGAAAACCAACACUCCUACACCCAGUCCGAGUUGCAGUUCCCCGGAGUGAGGAUCGAGUCCGUGAACGUGGACAAACUGACGACCUUCUUCGACAACUGCGACACUCUGGUCAACAGCGCCGUAUCCGUGGAGAACUUGAACCGUGGCGUGUCCUUCCGUCUGAAGGCUCGUCGUCUCUGUCUCAACUACCAGCCCUUCAACUACAGAUUCACCAUAAACUCCGACAAAGAGACCAAGGCUGUCCUUCGAAUCUUCCUCGGCCCUGCCUUCGACGACAUCACCCAGACCGCCUUGUAUCUGACCAAAUACUACAAAUACUUUGUAGAGAUGGACAAGUUCGUCGUAUCACUUCGUCCGGGAAGCAACAACAUCGACCGCCACAGCACAGAUUCGUUCAUGACGAUGCAGGACAUGACGCCCAGCGACAUAUUCAUCGAGAAGCUGAAGAAGGCGAUAGGCGGAAGCGAGCCUUUCAUGUAUUCCGAAAGGGAGUUCGGUUUCGUGAACCGUCUCAGUCUGCCCAAAGGCAAACCGGAAGGAAUGCCCUACAAAAUGUUCUUCUUCCUGAGCCAGCACGACGAGAGCAACGUGAACGCUUACGAGUUCCCCAUGUUCGGUAAAAUAAUGUUCGACGGCAAGUCCCUGGGAUUCCCCCUGGACAGACCAGUCUUCGGCUGGAACUACACUGUUCCUAACAUGUUCAUGAAAGACGUCAACAUCUACAGCGUGCUGGACAAAGAAAUGAAGUACUAAAGGAAACGUUUAUAGCGACAGCCCGUUCCUUUGUUAAAUUAU